AUGAAAUCGCUUUAUCUUCAUCAAUUUAUUAUUGCUUUUCGAGAAUUGUCAAAAUUUUUUGAUCAUCUUAAUGUAGUUUUUUCAUUUGUUGCUCAUGAUCUUGCUGAUAAAUAUCAUAUUAUUGAAAAUCUUUGUAAAAUUAAUCCAAUAGAUUAUCGUACAAUACAAACAAUGAUUGAAUAUGAAAAAUAUCGAGAUGAUAAAAUUGGAACAAUUGCACUAUUACGUUUAUUAAGAGCUUUAGAAUUUAUUUAUUCUUUUUUAGAACGUGGUAUUAUGUCACCAAGUGAUUCAUCAAAAACAACAAAACAACUUGCUUGGGAUAUAUAUAAACAAACUUUACAUAAACGACAUAAUAAAGCUGUUCAUUUAACUGUAUGGUUAGCAACAGCAACAAUACCUAAACGUGAAAUAUUAAAAGAAAAUCUAUUACAUGGUGAAAUUGAGCCUAAAACAGCUGAUAAAUGUUUUCCAUUAAUUGAAAAUAUUUAUCGUUCUAUUUAUAAAUUAUAUGAAGAAAAUAAUUUACUUGAAUUAGUUCAUUUGUAA